ACAGCGCCGGCCGUCGAUGCGUUGACACCAGUCGCCGACCGACCGCCGAGGAGGAAGCAAUGCCGUGGCUCCUGCUGCUCUGCCUCUCGUGUAUUGUGGCACAGCCGUCCAGCGCCUACGUGGAGGACUACUACUGCGGCGAACACAACUGCUAUGAGCUGCUGGAACUAACGCGUGAUGCGACGAAGCAGGAGAUCAAGAGAGCCUUCCGUUCGGUCGCCUCAAAGACCCAUCCGGACAAAUUUCAAGACCCAGAGGAGAAGAGGCUAGCUGAGGAGCGGUUCCAACUUCUAUCGACAGCGUACGACAUCUUGAGGGACGAUGAAGCAAGAGAAGACUACGACUACAUGCUUGACCACCCUGAACAGUUCUACCAAAAUGUAUACCGAGCGUGGCGCAGGCGCAUGGCACCUCACGUGGAUGUCAGAAUUGUGCUUGCAGUUACCAUUUCCUGCAUCUCUUUGGUUCAGUACUAUAAUGGAUGGACAAAAUACGAGGAAGCCAUCAAACACUUCUCCACAGUCCCAAAGUACAGAAUCCAUGCCAUCGAGAUAGCCAAGAAGGAGGGAAUGCUCAUCACGGACAAGAAGAAGCUGAAGGGCAUGUCCAAGGAUCAGAUCAGAGAGCAGGAGGAGAAAGUGAUUCGCCAGGUCAUCGAAAAGAAGAUGGACAUUCGGGGCGUAUAUGCGAAGCCUACGUACAGGGAUAUUUUGUGGGUGCAGCUAGUGCUCCUUCCAUAUUGGACGUUUCAGUACAUUUCCUGGUACGUCCGCUGGGUUUGGAAAUUCGGCAUUUUACGGGAAGAGUACGGAGAUGAAGAGAAACUCUACAUUAUUCGGAAAAAUAUGGGCAUGAGUGGCGGACAGUUUGAUAGUUUAGACGAGGAGAUGAAGAUGCAGUACCUGGACAUGGAGCUGUGGGUGAAGGAGAACUUCAGGGCCUGGAAGGAGGAGCGCGACAUGGAGUGGCGGGUCAAGAUGGCCUCCUCGGGCCGCUACAAGUCCUACCGCCGCCACCUGAAAAACAACGGGCCCGGCCGCAUAUACUUUGACGAUUCUUAGAUUGUGAGCUUACGUGCUUUUGUUUGUUGAAAGCAUAAUGAUAACUUACUUUCACUGAUAAGGGUAUUACCUCAGCCUUCCAAGUUUAGCUCUAUUUGUACAGUGUAAAUUGUAAAUGAUAGCAUUCUCAUAGGUCUUGGUUUUGCAGCCGCACAUUCCAGGCCUCUCACACUGACAUGUGGUCGAAGUAGUAAGGUUGUUUGCAAGUUUCGUUUUGUCCUUGGCUUUUUUUCGUGAAUUACUACUUAAUUACCAAUUUUUGUCAAUGAUUUUUUUUUCCCCCUAGAGACUUGGAUAAUUUUUUUUUAUGUUUACUGAUGCCAGAUAUGGUGCUGUUACAUUUUAACUUUAGUCUUUGCUGGCCUGAGACCAAAUGGCAACAAGUUUCAUCUGUUACUACCUUAAGCCAUGAGUGCCAUAUCCAUGUACAGUCAACUCUAAGCUAAAGAUGUUAUUUACUGUGUAUAUAUAAACACCCUGAGAGUUUAAACAAGAAUGCCUCAGUAGUUAUUUGGUCAACUUAAGAGCUUUGGGUAAAUCAGGUUCCAUUCCGUGUCGGCUAAAAUAAUAUACUUAUUCUCCUUGAUUUCUUUGUUUGUGAAGUUAUGUUUCCUCCGUGAACUUAGUGAUUGCGAGUAAACAGACAAUAGACUAGUAGGAACCACAUCUGUCAUGCCUUGACAUUUUAUAUGAGUGCUUGUCCAUAAUUUGUGGGCAACUUUUAUUGUGAAAGAAGAUGAAAUGUUAUCAGACAGUUUGCCAGUAUUGUGAAAUGAGUACUUGUUGGGAAAUAGUUCAGUAAUUUCCUUUUUUUUUCUCUCUCUUUUUCUCUUUUUAAGUAUGCUGCGAAUGCAAGAAGUUAAAAUAUAGUAUUUUGUGACAGUUGUUGAUUAUUAUUAUUAUUAUUAUUAUUAUCAUUCAAAAUUAUAUUAUUGAUAUAUAAGAGAACAUUAUCCUGGAUGGAUGGGAUUUGUGAAUUGCAGGGGAUAGAAGAAAAAGAUGUAGCCAGUAGAUCUGUUUACAAUGCUUGAUCUAUCUUGAGUUAGGCUCAUAAUUUACCACUGCUGUGUGAAUUUAUUGACGAGGUAUGUAGAUUUCCUUAAUUUCGUGUCCAUCCAUAUACUUAAUGCCACCAUGAAAGAGCUUAAUGAACAAAUCAUUUGGUAAACAAACUGAUGGGUUAGUGUUGAGAGAUAUAGUUUGGAUUUGACUCAGUGCUUAAAAUGAUCAUCACGGUUAUUAUAAUUGCCAUCAUCUUUGCUAUUUUUGCUAUUAUAAUCUCUUUUGCAAAAAUCAAAAUAAUAUGAUACAAUUUCUACAGUUGGUUGUGCAUUUUAUCCUCCUUUUGAUUUAGGGUAAAAUAUUUUCUCUCUUAGUAUGUAUUUUACCAUUAAGGAACUAAGGUUUUACUUGUUCCGUUGUUAACAGGACAGGAGAUGAGUUAUGAGUUCCAGUAUGACCCAAUGUGACUUGGAUUUCCUGGAAUGUCUUUGGCUUGUGUAUUUUAAUUGAGCUCAAGGAAGGUCUGCCUCAAGUCAGAAGUUGUACUAGGUUCAUCUUCCUUGCCUUAGACUGGUUUCAAAUAGUGUAUGGAAGCAUUAGGUUUUAAUACAGAGAGCAAACCAAUCAAAUCAGUUUUGAAAUACUUCAGAGAUAUGUUGUAUGAUUUUCAUAAUUUCAUAAUGUAUCAUUUAGAUGUAAUGUUUUUUUCUGAUCUGAUCAGUUUUUCAAAAUGUAUCGUAGUCCUAUUAUGCAAGAACUUCAUAGAGCAUUAAUUGAUGGAGAGAAAAAGAUGUAUAGAUAAUGUGAACAAGAGAACAUGAAUGGCAGGUUCAUAUUCCACAAAGGCUUUAUAAAUCUACACAUCGUACAGAACCAGAUGAAGGCAUGUUGAUGCCUUGCGCAGCCCAGCAUUGGUGCUUCCCUCGCAUUUCUCUUUGGUUCAAAUAACUUCAAGGUCAGAUAAUCUCAUAUAGGACAUUUUAUAAUUUUAUACAACAGUAACCUCUUGUAAACAAGUGAUUUCUUCUGGUAAAUGAUUUUUUAUUCUUGACCACUAGAACUUGCCUGGCUAAUGUGAAAGGCAAACUAUGAGAAAAUACAGAGACAGAAAACAGCUGAUCAAGGUACAGAACCAGCUUUGUUUGCACUCGAGUGUGGCAGUGAGAGUUAGACAUGAUAGCUUGUGGGAAAAUCUGUGGUGCCCCCUCCCCUGGUACCCCAUGCAUGUGCAUAAUUUGCUUAAUCCAAGCUUGACCUUUUGGAAUUGUGAUUUUUCUAGAAUGGAGGUUGAUUUUACACCAAAAGGAAAAGAUACACUACAAGAAGCUUGUAAGUUUAGCCAGAGAAGCCAUAUAUUUAGAAAAUAUCAACAUAAAUAUGGCUAGAUUUUCUUAUAAGUGUUUAAUGUGAUGAAAGGAUAAAUGUUGAUGAUACUGUUAAUUGGAGGCAUCACUGCCAGUUGAAAGUAUUUAUUGUAAAAGGUCUUGGCAUCCAAACAUGUUAUUUAAAAGCUCUCUUGAACAUCACAGAAACCAGGGCUCUAAAAAGUGAAGUGAUAGUAAUUCUAUAUCUUUCAUGAAUGUUCCCUAUUGAAUGACUGCCCAUUUCGUGAGUCAUUUCCAUUAGCAUAUUUGUCUUGUGAUAAAAAAGAAAUGAGGUAAUGACAAGCAGGAAUGUCAUUUUUAGUGACCAACAGUUUCUUUACUGUUGGUACUUAUAUAUUUCAGAAGUUUUUGACUAAUAAUUUUUUUUAAUUAUUGUUAUUAGUGUUGUUAUUAUUAUUAUUAUUAUUAUUAUUAUUAUUAUUAUUAUUAUUAUUAUUAUUAUUAUUAUUAUUAUUAUUAUUAUUAUUAUUAUUAUUGCUUAAUCUAUUUGACUUUUUUAAAGGUUAUUAAAAUAAAUGUAUGAUAUAGGGUAAUUGGUGAUAUUGCACUUGAUAUUGUAUGAUGCAAAGUAUUUAAUGGUUGUACUUGGAUGUAGAGAUUAUCGUAUAUUAUUUAGUUUCCAGAUUCUAGCUCUCUGCACUUGCCUCUGUUGUGCUCACUUUGAGAAUGGCAAAAAGUUAUUCUAGUGUCUUUUCUCUCUCUCUCUUUUGUUUCUGGUGUACUGUUUAUCAACUCUUUUUAAGUUUCUCUUGUGCACAAUUUCACGAUAAGUACAGUGCUCUUCAGAUUAUUCACAUACGGUAUUAAUGACUUUGCUUUAGUUUUGGAUGCUUACUUUCCACCCUUCGGACCAAGGAGAAUCUCACAUGGUGCUGUGUUUGUAGUGGGGUCACGUGGAGCUGCGCUGGCUCCUAUCUUUGUUGUCAUUUGGGGUUAUUGUUAUUAUUUUCUUGUUUAUUAUUAUUAUUGUUGUUAUUGUUGUUAUUAUUAUUAUUAUUAUUAUUAUUAUUAUUAUUAUUAUUAUUGUUAUUAUUAUUAUUAUUAUUGUUAUUAUUAUUAUUGUCAUUAUUGUCAUUAUUAUUACUAUCGGCAUUAUUAUUGGCAUUAUUAUUAUUAUUAUUUACUAUUAUUGUUUGUUAUUUACUUUUAUUAUCAUUAUUUAUUGUUUAUUACUAAUUACUGUUUAGUAUUAAUUAUCUAUUAUCAGUCAUUAUUAUUAUUGUUAACUGUUGUUAUUCUUGUUAUUAGUAAUAUUAUUUCCUUUUUUUUAUGCUUUGUGUUACAGUUACUAAUUGGAUUGCUCGUUGUCAUUUUUUUCCUUUCGUUUCCCUUCCGAACUGGGAAGAGCUUUGGCUCGCAUUAGUUGUCUUUUAUUUAAAGAAGAUUUAAUUAGUUUUAUACUUUGAGUGAGGUCUGUUUUUUUUUUAGCUUUGUUAUGUAAGUGACGUCAGUUGCCGUUCAAAGGUGCAGGUGGUAAGAUUGGCUCCUAGAUGUUUUGAGGGAAAGAAUUGGAAAUUAUUGUGCAAUACUAUGAUCAAAGGCAAUUACUGUAACACAUUGCAACAGAGACUACCCACUACAUAAGUUGAUUUUGAAUAAAGAACAAAAUCA